AUGAGAGACCUCUCAAAGUCACUACCGAGGGAGCUUGUCUCCAUCCUGGAGCCUCUGCUGGCUUAUCAGGUUGGGGACUACUCCCUCAGGACUUCCUAUAAGUCCAAAACUUCCACGCUCUCCAUCUCUUUUGACUUAGGUCAAAAGAAGAAGCCUCUGGUCAAGGCUCCCGCCAAGACCAAGCCUCAGGUAGCACCCACCCCGGCCCUAGCUCCUCCUGCACCCCGCCAGGCGCAGAAGAACAGGCCCCCACGGGAAAAGAAGACCCCUCCUCCAGUCCUCGACAUGGAGAUAGAGACUUCCCUCCCUACCACCCCGCCUCCCCCGGCAGCUGCGUUGGAACUCGCUCCCCUCGAAUCCAGAGGGGAGGAGCCCUUCCGCUCGCCCGAGGGCACCGGCCACGGGAGGAAGAAGAGGAGAGACAUCCCCUCACCUCAACCUUCCCCCCGACCAACCACCACUACCGCGUCUACAGAGUCACAGGCCAUGGAGCCCGCCCUAAACGACUCCAGCGUCCAGACCACAGCGCCACAGCCCACACCCCUCGCUGAAGCCCAGACCCAGACCAUCCCGGUCGAGCCCCCCCCCCCCCCCCCCCCCCCCCGGGUCAAAAGCUUCAGGGACGUCUUAGUGGAAAAAUCAGAUAUCCUGAUUAACCACUAUAAGACGCACCCGGACCUCCGUGCUGAGCUCGUCUCCACCCCCAGGGAGCAGCUCUUCGCCAAGCAAGGAGUUCCGUUCGCCAUGAUCCACAAGAAGUCGGGUGAAGAGCAUGAAUAA